AUGUUAACAGAAUUCUUUAGAAUGAAUAUUUCAAAUGAAAAGGGAAAAACUCUACUGUAUAAAGAAUUUUCAACAUAUUUCGCAUGGGAUGCAUCCAUGCUAAUUUGGAGUCCCAGAAAAAGUAAAGAUGUUAUUGGUAGAAUAGUCAAUGCUAAUCCAUGUGAAGGUGAGAGGUAUUUUUUAAGAGUUUUGCUAAAUUAUAUUAGAGCGCCAAAAUCUUUUGAAGAUUUAAAAACAGUCGAUGGUAUUGUUUUAUCUACUUAUUGUGAAUCAGCACUUUCCCACGAUCUUCUUAGUGGAAAUAGCUAUUUUGAGAUGUUUUUAUCUGAAGCAGCUGCUUACCAAAUGCCCAUAUCACUGCGGCGACUAUUUAUCAAUGUAUUAAGUUUAUGUUGCCCUACAAAUCCAAGGAAUUUAUGGGAUAAAUUUAGGGAUAGCAAAAAGACUCGAGGGCUCGGGCCGCCCAUUGCUCGGCCUGCAAAAAGCUCAAGCCUGGCAAACUGA